AUGUCGCGAGUAGGAGCAUUCAUCAUAGGAGUACUUUUCAUUAUGUCCAUUGCGGACGUGUUCCGAAGUAAGUGACGAACUGAUGUUCUCCCAAACAUCCCUUGCAGCUGUUUCAGCUGAGGAGCACGCACAUGCGGAGGACAAAGUGCACGAUAAGGACGACUUUGAGAGUGAAUUCGGAGACGAAAACGACGGAAAUAAAUUCAGGUUUGUGGUAGAAAAGAUCGAUCGUUUCGACGAGAGCUGCUUCGCUUUAGCCAAGGAACCGAAGACGACCAUAUCGAAGUCCGCGAGCAGUCCUCUUUCGUGAAGCCAACCGCCGUCCAUCAUGCCAAAGAUCUGCCAACUCUGAGAGUAUUCUAUUGGUUUGUCGUCAUUCUUGUCAGGUACUAAUCCCUUCUUUCAGCGUCUCGUGCGGCUACAAACAAGCUUUCGACCAGUUCACCAACUUCGCCGUGGAAAAGUACCCGAACAUGCCGAUCGAGGGAGCCAACUAUGCGCCAGUACUCUGGAAGGCUUACGUUGCGCAGGUAUGUCAUAAUUUUUAGGCAGAUUCCAGUUUGAAGUGUGUUUUCAGGCUCUCAGCUUUGUCAAAAUGGCGGUUCUCGUCAUUGUCCUCACCGGAUCGAACCCUUUCGAGCGCUUCGGACUCGGAUACCCAGCAGUGCUCCAACAUGCCCACGGAAACAAGAUGUCCUCCUGCAUGCUGAUCUUUAUGCUUGGAAACCUGGUUGAGCAGAGUUUGAUCUCAACCGGAGCGUUCGAAGUUUACCUCGGCACGGAGCAGAUCUGGAGUAAGAUUGAGUCUGGACGUGUCCCAUCGCCACAGGAGUUCAUGCAGGUAUUCAUAUUCAAUUGAUCCAAUUUCCAUAAUCUGUUGUUCAGCUCAUUGACGCCCAACUCGCUGUUCUCGGAAAAGCGCCGGUCAACACGGAGUCAUUUGGAGAGUUCCAGCAGGCCGUCUGA